CAAAUAGUUAUCAGAAGCGAGUGAACACACGCACUGAGAGGGCGCCACGCCACGGUCGAGCCGCGUCACAUUGACAGCUGGGACAGUCAACAAAACGGGAACAUUAUUGUCUGUAGUGCGUUCAACUAAACCAUUCGCGCUUGCGGCGAAACGCAGACAGCACGUGGCUUACAAAAUUAGACCGGCAUGACACAACGCGUCCGCUCCUCCAGUGCAAAACACAGUAACCACAGAUCAUAAAUGUUAAAACUUAGUGAGUGUAUCAGCAAUGGGCACCAGUCGAAAAUGGAGGGAGUAUAUGGCGGCACUCAGUGCUACCUUGAUCACGGCGGCGGCUGGCACGACGGUGGGAUGGACGUCUCCCAUGCUGGUGCUGUUGAUGGCACCAGACUCCCCGAUCCAGACCUCGCCCGAUCAGAGCUCGUGGAUUGUCUCGCUCAUGAUCCUCGCCUCAGCUAUCAGCCCUCUCCCUGCGUCAUACCUCGCAGACAAGAUCGGCACGAAGCGGACGCUUCUUCUAGCCGCUAUUCCCUACAUCAUCGGCUGGAUCCUCGUGAUGCUGGCGAGCAAUGUGGCCACCAUCUACGUCUCCAGGCUCAUCUCAGGGCUGGGCUACGGCAUCGCUUACACUGCUGCCCCCAUGUACUUGGGGGAAAUCGCCUCUGAUAAAGUUAGGGGCGCCAUGGCGACUCUCAUCACAGUUAUGUCUAAGUUUGGAAUAUUAUCUCAAUAUGCCAUCGGACCCUACGUGUCAAUGCUGGCGCUGGCCAGCUUCAACAUUGCGAUACCCAUCCUCUUCGUCGUCACCUUCAGUGCCAUGCCAGAGUCUCCGUACUAUUUCAUAAAAUCAGGACGCCUCGGAGAGGCUGAAAGAUCCUUGAAGAAACUGCGAGGCAAAGAUUUCUUCAGAGAGGAAUUGGACAGCAUGUCCAACUUAGUGAACGAAAACAUGAAAGAGAAAAGUCGAUGGAAAGACUUGGUGACGGUAGGAGGCAACAGAAAGGGCUUGAUAAUCUUACUGGGGAUUUACUUCACCCAGCAAUUCUGUGGUAGCACGGCAAUCAUAUCCUACGCGCAGCAAAUUUUCGGUGCAGCCGAAGGUGGAUUAGGGGCUGAAGAGUCGUGUAUUUUAUUUGGUUCAGUCCAACUGUUAACAUCAGCUAUAUCCUCCCAGCUAGUGGACAGGCUUGGAAGAAAGCCCCUUUUGCUUGUUUCGUCGUGUGGCGUUGGUCUAGCCAACAUCAUCAUCGGCGCAUAUUUCUUCGUGAAAGAUCUGGACAGCGAAUACCUCGUUGGACUCAAAUUCAUUCCUAUCGUUGUGAUACCUAUAUUUAUAUUUUCGUACACCAUCGGUCUAGCGACAGUGCCUUUUGCCAUCACGUCGGAAAUAUUCCCGACGCACAUCAAGUCCAAAGCAACUUGUGUGAUACAAAUAGGUGUGGCGCUAAUGACAUUUGCUGUUACGAAAUUAUUUCAAGUAGUUAAGGAUAAUUUAGGCGAGUAUGUAGCCUUCUGGGGCUUCGGUGUAUUAUCGGUAGCAGGUGUGAUAUUCAUAUUAAUUUUACUUCCUGAAACAAAGGGGCAGUCUUUCGCAGCUAUACAAGAAAAACUGUACACGCCAAAUGAAAAAGUUGUGUAUGAAAAACAAAAUGGUAAUUCAGGGCUUGUGAGAAUUGAUCUAUAGUAAUCUGAUCUCUAGACUGCUUGAAUACGUAUAAAGUUUAUAAAUAUGCUACUAUAAUCAUUAAGAUUAGUAUAAUUAUUAUUAUUAUGUAUUAAGUACUUAAGCAUGUUGGUUACCUAAAUUUGUGAUAUGUCGAUUCUAUAAAGGUAUUCCAAACAGAAUAUUAUUCUUCUGAGAUACACAAUUUACUUUAAGUAUUAAUUUACUAUUGCUUAUUUUGAGAUUUCGUUUAGUGCAUUAUUUAUAAAAUGAAAUUAUUAUCUAUUACCAAGUGGUGCAAAAAAUACUAUGCUACGAAUAAAACAUUUGCUACAAAAGAAGUACUACACCUUGAAUUCAUACAUUGACCCUUCACACUACAAAAAAAUUGAUGUCUUUUGGACAAGUUUACUCCAUUGUUACUGGAAUACAGCUGCUUAAUUCGAUUUGAUCAAUUUCCUCAUGAUACACAAAAAUAUGUAUUAAUCGUAGUAUUAGGUACACUCUUGCACCACUUUGUGUACUUGUAUGAAUAAUGGUAUUGAAUCAAAACAAUCAAAAAAGAAAACAAGUGUACUUACUAAUUGUAUUUUGAUAAAUAUUUAUAAUUCUUAACGUUUAUGAUAUGAGCUUCUAAUCAGAGUGCCUUUAUUAAUGACAUUUUUAUUAAGUACAAAUAAAUAAAUAUUAGUGUAAGUAAUUAUAUUUUUAUAGAAUACUUAAUGAUAAAGUUACCAGUUACAAUGAUAUACAAGUUACGUUUAAGUAAGUGAUUUCCAAUAUUUAUUUUCGAAUAUAUUAUUAUGCGAAUUUAUUAUUAAAGCACCGUCAGUAUGUAGAAUUUAAUUACAUUAAGGACAUCUAAGUUAUUAUUAUACCUAAUUACAAGAAAUAAUCAAUCAUUGAACAGAUCAUUUACAGGAAAAACGUCAGAAACAUCUAUUCUAAACACAAGCUUAGAAUCAAUCACAAUUUGAGUCUUUUCUUGAGUGCAGAAUCAUACUUGAACGUUUUCUAUGUCACACACAUGUAAUCGUAUCUCAGGAUCUUUUUUUAAUUUUCAACCGACUUCAAAAAAAAGGAGGAGGUUCUCAAUUCGACCCGUAUGUUUUUUUUUAAUAGCACUAAUUGUCACCUAAAGUGUCACUCAUAGAACACAAAUACACUUAAACUUUUCAAUUGGUACUAUUUUUUUUGUGUUACCUAAUAGUUCUCGAUGUUCUUCUGUUUGUUUUAAUUAAGUGAAAUUAUUAAGUGUUUCUGGAAAAACGAUGCGUCAGUUUUCAUUUUAGUGAUCCGUCUACUUACAUUCCCUUGCUUGUUCUUCCAAAUAAAAGAUAAUAAUUGAAUACGGGUUUUCAGCAAUCACUUUUUUGUGAAGUUAUUUAAAAAUAUGUUAUCUACUUGGUGCUACUUCACUUCCUGUGAAGAAUAUUCACAUAAACUAAGUACCUAUGUUUACGAUACGUGCCAUUUUCGGUUUUCAUCGAAAAGGAUCAUUGCACAUAAAGAUGCAAUCGGAUUUAUUAAAAUGCUAUUAACCCA